UGCGCGGGCGCUUGUAUAUGUCCGUCCAUUGAUAAAGCUCGCGAUUUUAGCGGUUAGUAACGAGCGUGCCGCCGACCAGAGCGGUCGUGCCCGUGAUUAUCCCGCGACUUUCGAGACCAGUUAUCGAACCCGCACGCUCGGCGCCCGAGUGCCCCGGCCUCUCUCCAGUGGCAUGGGUGAUGGUGCCAAGAUGACAAUGUGGUGGUUGGUGGCGGUGGUGGCGCUGCUGGCGCUGGCCGCAGCCGAGCCGCGCUACCCGGCCAGCACGCACCGCCCGCGGCACUGGCAGCGCGGCGUGCGCACGCUGGACGAGCGCUCGCACAGACAGUUCGUUGGCCCACACGUGUGCCGGAGUCGCAACAGCACGCAUUGCUGUCCCGGGUGGACCUCUAGGCCCAACUCUCUACUCUGCGUAGUUCCGCUUUGCCGGCCGGAGUGCGGCUCGCCAGAGUUCUGCAUCGCGCCCAACAUGUGCCGCUGCCCGAGCGGUGUCGAGGCGCCGUCCUGCAACCCCGGGGGAAUACAUCCCUACUCGCCGCGCACGCGCGGCGGCUGCCGGCGUAUCUGCAUGAACGGCGGCACCUGCACCAACGGCACUUGCGCCUGCGCGCCUGGUUGGAGCGGGGAAUUCUGCACUGACCCGAUUUGCCGCGAGCCGUGUCUGCACGGCGGGCGCUGCAUUGCGCCGGACCGCUGCGUGUGCUUUCACGGCCUCUCCGGCACGCGCUGCGAGAUCGACAGAAGAACUGGGCCGUGCUACACUGACACGCGCGGUGCUCUAUGCACGGGCGCGCUGGAGGGCGUGGUGUGUACGCGGCAGCUUUGCUGUGCCACCGUGGGCGUCGCGUGGGGGCACCCCUGCGAGCGCUGCGCCGACCUCGACUGCCCCGCCGGACACCUGCGCAACCUGGCCACCAAGGAGUGCCAGGACAUAGACGAGUGCGCCGCGGUGCCGGGUUUGUGCGCGGGCGGCAAGUGCGUGAACUCGGUGGGGUCCUUCGCGUGCGAGUGUCCGCCCGGCCAGCGCCGACACCGCGUCACCAACAACUGCGAGGACAUCGACGAGUGCGAAGACCCCGACAUAUGCCCGAAUGGAAAAUGUGUGAACACUGAAGGGGACUAUUACUGUCACUGCAAUCCUCACUUCAUUCCCAGUCCAGACAAAAAGUUUUGUAUCGACGGGCGUGUGGGCAGUUGCUUUACGUACAUCAGCGAGACGGGCGAGUGCUCGGACCGUCUGUCGGUGCAGCUGUCCAACCGCGACUGUUGCUGCGGGUUCAACAUGGGCCGCGCCUGGGGAGAACUCUGCACGCCCUGCCCGCCGAGAGGCUCCAUGGAGUGGUCCCACUUGUGCGGCGGUAUACCGACAAAAUGGCGACGGAACAACACAGGCGGCUACGAUGACGGCGGCGGCAACGGCGGUAACGGCGGUAAUGGUGGAAAUGGCUUCAAUGGCGGUGGAGAUGGAGGGGACGAUUAUGAACCGCCUUCAAUUGCCAAAAUUAACGAGUGUAUGCUGCGCACAGGCAUCUGUGGCCUCGGUGACUGCGUCGACAAGGACCCGGGCUAUAAUUGUAACUGCUGGGAAGGCGCUGAAAAGAACGAACGCGACGGAAAUCCAAUCUGUAUUGACAUCGACGAGUGCGCCCUCGGCUACUGCAAGGGCGGAAUAUGUACUAAUAAUAUUGGUUCCUUCGAUUGUAGAUGUCCUCCUGGUUUCGACCCUGUUGACAACAAUCGAAGGUGCAGCGAUCAGAAUGAGUGUGAAGUGACCAAUGGAGCAAUGUGUACUAACGGAAUAUGCCGGGGCACUGCUUCUGGUUACGAGUGCGUGUGCAACCCCGGCUACGAGUCAACUGAGACCGGGCACGCGUGCCGCGACGUGGACGAGUGCCGCGCGUCGGGCGGCGGCGUGUGCCGGCGCGGGCGCUGCCGCAACCUGCCCGGCUCCUACGACUGCCAGUGCGACCCCGGCUACGAGUCCGUGCCGGGCGGAUACUGCAGCGACAUCGACGAGUGCGCCGACAAGGCCGUCUGCAAGGGCGGAAGAUGCGUCAACAUGGAGGGGUCCUUCCAAUGCGUUUGCGAGGCGGGGUACCGCCUGACGGCGGACCGCGGCGCGUGCGUGGAUGUGGACGAGUGCUCGGAGCAGCGCGUGUGCCGCAACGGGCGCUGCCACAACACGCCCGGCUCCUUCCGCUGCGAGUGCCUGCCCGGCUUCACGCUCAGCGCCGACGGCCGCACCUGCCUCGAUGAAGUUCAAGAUUUAUGUUACGAAAAAUAUGAAGAUGGACAGUGCUCUGGGCCCGGUAACAGUCCAGUUACCAGGUCACAGUGUUGCUGCAGUUCCAGCAAAGGUUUACAUCUGGGCUGGGGCGUGUCCUGUAAACAAUGUCCCGCAAAAGGCUCCAAAGACUACGAGAUUCUUUGCCCUGAAGGCCAGAGUAAAGAUAACGGUGGUGCAGACAUCAACGAAUGCAACGUCAUUCCGGGCAUAUGCCAGCAUGGCACCUGCGAGAACCUCGACCCUGGCUUCCGAUGCAUAUGCGAUCCUGGGUUCCAUUCCGAUGCCGACGGAAUCUGCAAGGAUAUAGAUGAAUGUGAUAUGCACCAAUCGUUGUGCACGGGCGGCCAAUGCCGUAACACUUUAGGAAGCUUCACGUGCGUUUGCCCACCCGGCACUCGGUACGAGCCUGACGAGCAAAUCUGCCGAGACAUAGACGAAUGCGAUGAACAAUCGAACCCGUGCGAGAACGGUCGCUGCAUCAACACGCACGGCAGCUACGAGUGCGAGUGUGAACAUGGAUUCGUGUUGGAUGCCACUGCUCAGCGUUGCAUCGACAACCGUCGCGGGUCGUGCUGGCGGCGCGUGGUGGACGGCCAGUGCGAGGGCGCGGCGCCGCGGCCGCUGCUGCGUCAGGAGUGCUGCUGCUCCGUGGGGCUCGCCUGGGGCUCCCCCUGCGAGCCCUGCGACCUCGACCACUGCCCCUGCCCCAAGGGGUUCGCCAAGUUGGACGGCGUCAACUGUCGGGACGUGGACGAGUGCACCCUGGACUCGGGCUUGUGCAUCGGGGGCUCGUGCGUCAACACCGACGGCUCCUAUCGCUGCGAGUGCCCUCCUGGACUGGUGCUGGAUCCCUCUGGCAACCGUUGCGUGGACUCACGGCGCGAAAUGUGCUACACUGAGUACAUGGGCGGGCGGUGCUCAGGGGCACUGCAGGCGCCCGUACUGCGCGCCGUCUGCUGCUGCUCCGCGCUGGGCCGCGCCUGGGGCGACGCGCGCUGCGACCCCUGCCCCAAGCGAGGCACGGAUGCGUUCCGUAACUUGUGCAUGCUGGGAGCAGUAGACGGUCCGUCAGGGACUUGGGAUCGUCCGGUUGAUGGUUUCGGAAACAUGACGGAUAUCUGGGUCCCCAUGCAGCCCAUAGGACCCAACGACGGAGGCCCCGGCGACGACAAUGGCUGGCCGGACAACCCUUGGCCCCCGGGACACACUCCCGACAACAGCGUUGUGCCCAAGGAGAUGGACGUCAACGAAUGCUCCGCUUUCCCUGGCCUCUGCGGUCACGGGCGUUGCAGAAACAUGAUGGGCACUUUCGUUUGCGACUGCUUCCCUGGCUAUGAACCGGAUUCGAAGAACCACACAUGCGUGGAUGUGAACGAAUGCGAGAUCGUGUCAGACGUGUGCGGCGCCGGCGAGUGUCGCAAUAACGAGGGCAGUUUCUCUUGCCACUGUCGAGCGGGACAUAGGGCCGACGAGAUAUCCAAGGUUUGCGUCGAUAUCAACGAAUGCGCGGAGGACAUAGGUCUGUGUCGAGGGGGGCGCUGCGUGAACACGGCGGGCUCGUUCCGCUGCGAGUGCGCGCCCGGCAUGGAGCUGGCGCCCGACCGCCUCUCCUGCAAGGACAUCGACGAGUGUUCCAUCACUUCAGGAAUAUGCAGUAACGGCGCGUGCGAGAAUCAGAUGGGAACGUACCAAUGCGUGUGCGACGAAGGUUAUGCGCAGCUGACGGUCAAGUCCCACUGCGAGGACAUCGACGAGUGCGCCGAGGACCCGACGCGAUGUCAGCAUGACUGCGUCAACACGCCUGGCUCUUACCACUGUACCUGCAAGGACGGCUGGCAACUACGAGCGGACGGGAGAACGUGCCGCGACGUGGACGAGUGCCGCAGCGGCGCGCGCGUGUGCGGCGGCGGCACGUGCCGCAACACGCCCGGCGGGUACGCCUGCCAGUGCGGCGACGGCCUGCUGCCCGUCGACGGGGACCGCCCCACCUGCCGCGACAUCGACGAGUGCGCCGACAUCCGCGACUUGUGCGGCGCAGGCACGUGCCAGAACACGAUCGGAAGUUUCGUGUGCCGAUGCCCCGACGGAUACAGCGUGAAGCCCGAGCAAGGCCCCGCCUGUACCGACGACGACGAGUGCGAGCUUGGCACCUGCGACUGCCACCCCGCCGCCGACUGUAUCAACCUGCCCGGUUCCUUCCAAUGCCGGUGCCGGGAUGGGUGGCGCGGCGACGGAUCGGAAUGUGAGGACGUGGACGAGUGCGUCACCAACAACGGCGGCUGCCACCCGCGCGCCGUCUGCACCAACACCGACGGCUCCUUCAUGUGCCUCUGCGACACCGGCUACAAGGGCGACGGGUACUCGUGUGUGGACAUUGACGAAUGCGCGAAUGAUCCCACCCUGUGCGAGAACGGCCACUGCACCAACACGCCCGGCGGGUACGCCUGCGACUGCGACGUGGGCUUCACCAAGUCUCCCGACGAGAAAUCUUGUCUCGAUAUGGAUGAGUGCGCCACAUUCGACAACGUGUGCGUGUUCGGUGUGUGCGUCAACACAUACGGCAUGUUCAAGUGUAUCUGCGACAAGGGAUAUCAGUCCGAUAACGUCGACGAACUGAUGCCUGGAUUCAACUGCACGGACGUGGACGAGUGCAAGUCGCCGCAGUCGUGCCAGUACGGCGAGUGCCUCAACACGCAGGGCUCCUACAUCUGCCGCUGCCCGCCAAACUACGAGCUCGUGUCCGACGGCACUGCAUGCUUCGAUUCAAGGAAGGCUCGUUGCUAUGGCAACGUAGAUCUGCGCUCGGGAACUGAACGCUGCCAUGAUAGGGACGAGCUGUCUGAAGAUGGAACCAUGGCAGCUUGCUGCUGCUCAGUUGGUGCCGCAUGGGGUAAUUAUUGUGACCUGUGUCCUGAACCUGGAUCCGAAGAGUACCGACAACUGUGUCCAGGUGGCCCAGGAUAUCAACCUGUUCUGGAACCUCCUUCGUACGUAGUAACACUGGCCGACAUCGACGAGUGCGAGCAGCACCCGGCGCUGUGCGAGCACGGCACGUGCACUAACACGUUCGGGUCGUUCGUGUGCACGUGCGGCGACGGCUGGCUGCUGGCUGACGACGAGCAGCGCUGCAUCGACGUCGACGAGUGCGCCGAGCCCGACAUAUGCGGCGUCGGCAUCUGUCGGAAUAUGCCUGGCUCGUAUGUGUGCCUCUGUCCGGAGGGAUACGUGCCCAUGCCGAGCAAUAAGGAGUGCGUGGACAUCCGCCAGCGGCAGUGCUACCUGGAGUGGGACGAGGAGAGCGGGCGGUGCUCGAACGCGGCGGGCGCGCCGCAGACGCGGCACGUGUGCUGCUGCUCCGCGGGCCGCGCGUGGGGCGCGCCCUGCUCGCGGUGCCCGGCGCCCGGCGCGCCCGACCACGUGGCGCUGUGCGGCGCGCGCCCCGGCCAGUACGUCAACCCCGUCACCAACGAGACGCGCCGCAUCAACGAGUGCGACAUCAUGCCGCAGCUGUGCAAGCCCGGCCUCUGCCACGACACCGCCGACGGGUUCACGUGCGGCUGCGACCACGGUUACGAGCACGACAACACGUCGCAUUUAUGCCGAGACAUCGACGAGUGCGUCCUAGGCGUUUCCCGCUGCCGUGGGAUGGCGCAGUGCGUCAACACGCCCGGCAGCUACGAGUGCCGCUGCCCGCCCGGAUACCGGCUCAUGGCCGACAUAGAAGAGUGCGAAGACGUCGACGAGUGCGCCGACCGACGCCUCUGCGACCACGGCGACUGCAGGAACACCGUGGGCUCCUUCAGAUGUGAUUGCCAACCCGGUUACACGCUGCGCGACAACGUGUGCCGGGAUGUGGACGAGUGCUCGCGGCCGCGGCCGAUGUGCCGCAACGGCACCUGCGAGAAUCUUCCCGGCUCCUACGCCUGCCACUGUGACGAGGGGUUCAAGCCCGGACCUAAUAAUGAUUGCAUUGAUAUAAACGAAUGUCGCGAGGGCGGCAUGGUGUGCCGCAACGGGAGGUGCCGCAACACGGUGGGCUCGUUCCGCUGCGAGUGCGCCGCCGGCUACACGCUGACGGGAGAUGGCCGCAACUGCCGUGACGUCGACGAGUGCACGGAACUACCCCACCCUUGUGGGAGAGACGGAUCGCCUUCAUGUACCAACACUAAUGGCGGAUACGAAUGCUCGUGUGGCGAAGGAUGGCGUCUUCACGGUCGACGCUGCGAGGACAAGGACGAAUGCAAGGAGUUGCCCUACGCCUGCGCGGGCGGCGAGUGCCACAACUUCAAUGGAUAUUACAAGUGUGACUGUCCACCGGGCUGGCGGUUCGAUAAGCCGGCGGCGGUGUGCGUGGACGAGCGCUCGGAGAUGUGCUACGACGAGUACGCGGCCGGCCGCUGCCACCGCGCGAGACCGCUGCGGCUCUCCAGGCCCGAGUGCUGCUGUUCCGAAGGUGCAGCAUGGGGCACAUAUUGCGAGCGCUGUCCUCCACCGGAAUCGCCUGAGUUCCACCGUAUCUGCCAAGGUGGAAUGGGACGCCCCAACUUUACACAGGAUCUAGACGAGUGCAAGGUCCGUCCGGACGUAUGCCGCGACGGUCGCUGCGUGAACACGGACGGGUCGUUCCGCUGCGAGUGCGCGGCCGGGUACACGCUGGACGCCACCGGGCUCGCGUGCGUCGACGCCGACGAGUGCGCCGCCGACCCGCGCGUGUGCGGGAACGGGACCUGCACCAACCUGCAGGGCGGCUACCAGUGCACCUGCAACCGGGGCUUCACCGAGGGAUCCGAUCACACGUGCGUGGACAUCGACGAGUGCGCGGAGGGGCGCGCUAUGUGCUCGUGGCGGUGCCACAACACGCUGGGCUCGUUCCGCUGCACGUGCCCGUACGGGUACGCGGCCGCGCCCGACGGCGUGCACUGCCGCGACAUCGACGAGUGCGCCGCCGACCCGCCGCCCUGCCCGCACGCCUGCGAGAACACCGUCGGCUCCUACAUCUGCAAGUGUGCGGAAGGAUUCCGUCGUGUGCUCUCCCUCCCGCACGACGCCGCAGACGCGUGCGAGGACGUUAACGAGUGUGACGAGAACCCGGAGCUGUGCGCGCCCGGCGUGUGCGUCAACAGCGACGGCGGCUUCCUGUGCGACUGCGACGCCGGCUACGAGCCCAGCGCCGACGGGAGGGCGUGCCAAGAUCGCCGAACUGGCAUGUGUCACCGAUCACUUGUAUCGGGUCGUUGCACGCCUGAGCCAUGGCCUUCUAGGAUAUCAUCCUCUACGCCUGCUCUGCCACAACAUGUUACAAAGGCCCAGUGUUGCUGCACAUUAGGUGCUGCUUGGGGGCCAGAGUGUGAGAUCUGUCCCGCACACGGCACGCCGGAACGCGCGCAACUGUGUACGCCUAAUAACGUCAACGGAGGCGGUGGCGGCGGCGGCGGCGGCGGAGGAGGCGGAGGCACUGGCGGUGGCAACAACGGCGGUGGCAAUGGCGGUAGCAACGGCGGCAGCAUCGGCGGCGGUGGCGGCGGGGCCAGCUUCAUCCCUGGCGGUGACCACACCGGUAUUGGUGGUGGCGGAGUCUUCCCUGAUAUAUACGGAGAUGUGGACGAAUGCGCCGCCAUGCCCGGCCUGUGUGCGCCCGGCAGAUGUGUCAAUACUAUCGGCAGUUUCCGUUGCGUAUGCGGCCGCGGCUACCGCGCCUCGGGCGACAUCUGCGCGGACAUCGACGAGUGCGCGUCGCGGCCGCGGCCGUGCUCGCAGACGUGCCGCAACACGGAGGGCUCGUACGUCUGCGAGUGCCGCGCCGGCUACGAGCUCGACGACGACGCCGCCGACUGCCGCGACGUCGACGAGUGCGCGCGCGGAACGCACACAUGCCAGCAGACCUGCACUAAUACGGAUGGCUCGUAUGAAUGCUCCUGCUUAGACGGGUACGAGAAGAGAGGCGACGCCUGUGUCGACAUCAAUGAAUGCCACGAGGAGGGCAUAUGCCCCCCGCCCGGCAAGUGCGUGAAUCUGCUGGGGUCGUAUCGCUGCGUGUGCCCGCGCGGGUUCCGGAUGAGCCUGGACGGGCGCUGCGUGGAUCGGGACGAAUGUGAAGACGGUCGAUGUCAGGCGCCUUGUAGAAACUACGCCGGUGGAUACCGCUGCGACUGCCCCGCCGGCACGGUGCGUUCCGGCACUACUUGCGUGCCUACGGACGCGUGCGCGGGCGGCGUGUGCGGCGCGUCGCCGUGCUUCCCCGUGGGCGGCGCCUACCGCUGCGGCUGCCCCAGCGGCUACGGGUGGGACGCCACGCACGCCGUCUGUCUGCAGUUGGCCGGCGGGUGCGCAACAGCGAGCUGCCUGUUCGGAUGCCAAGCAUUAGGGUCCGGUUUCGAAUGCGGCUGCCCCGCCGGCUACCGGCUCGUGGGCGCCGGGCACUGCCUCACCGCGCUGGACGCUGGCCUGCCACCUGAUGACAUCGGCGGCGCGCCCGUAUUCCCGCUCACCGAUCAGUACCGCCUGCAGCCCGCGCGCGACCUGCUCUCCAACGAGGGCUGCUUCAGCUGCAAGGUGAAUGGUCGUCAUCGACGAGCACCCGAAGAAGGCAUCGUGUUCGCGAACGGAACCACCAUUGUCAGAAAACGCAAGCGACGCAGUAGACGUCGCCGCUCCCUACUGGAGCCGGAAGCAGAACUGAUAGUUAUCCGAGCUACCCCGCGUCAGACUUGGGGCCGCGCGCCUCUCCUGCGCCUCGUACCAGCGGAGGGCGGCGGGCGCGCGCAUUACCGCAUCGCCUACGGAGACGAUAACAAGGACUUCGUUCUAUCCAAGCGCGACGGCGCGUGGGCGCUGCGACUACGGCGACACCUCAACUCCCAGACGGUGCUCAAGAAGCAGCUGGAGGUGGAAGCCAGGUUCGUCCCCGCCCCGCAGGGCCCGCGACCUGACAGACGCGGUAAGAGGCAGAUCGACCUGAACACCCCCGCGCCUAUGAGGCUGUACGUCACCGUUGAUAUCGCGCCGGCUAAACAUUGAUCGAACUUGUGAAUCGGGUUGCCACCAUUCCUGUGUCCCUAAUAGUGAAGCGCCAACAGAAAAGUUUUAUCGAAAAAUAUGUAAUUUUGUUUUUUUGAAAGUCGAUUUGUGCAUUACCGACAACCGACGAAUCAAAGGUGAAUAGUUAAGUAUUGCAUCUGUUGAGGUGGCAACCCCAAUACGGACCGUUUAUUGUCGUGUCGAACCAGCUCUAAUAUUCACAAAUGACAGGUAAUUACGUACCAUUUCAUUGUUUUGUCUAUAUAUAUUUUUUUGAUAAAUGACCGUGAAUGAAAUAAGAUUUAACACCGUUUGAAAUCGUUUGUGAAUAUGAACGCUGUUCCACGAACACGGCGAAAACAACAGUUUUAUUUUUAUUUUAUGACAUGGAAAUCUAACUAAUACGACAAAUAAGUAGCCCUAACUACAUUUUUUAUAAUAACCCUUUGCUAUGAUCGAUAGGGACGCACCGGGCGAUCUCUUGAUAUCGAUCAACGAUUCGCAGUUUCGUAGAUGCAUAGCUAACAAUGAGGCGCUUGAUACGACGAAAUAUAAGAUUUGCAAUAAAAACAUUCACUUUAGUCGUAAAGUUAAGAUCAAUGUUAUGUAAAUAAGUUUAGAUUUUUUACAAAAACUUUUGCUACUAAAGUCACUGCCACGUUUUAUUCAGUCAUUAAUAAAUAGCAAACUGCCACUUAAGUUGUGAAAUGCCAUUUCGUUAUGAGAAUAUUAUAAAAUAAAUUCUAAAUCCUAUUCAAACGUGUAAGAGAGUAAUAAAUGUUAUUUUUUAAUGUUACGAAGUGAGUAAAUCGAUGACGAGGCUAGUCUUACAGAUUUAGUGAAGCUGGAUAUGAAUUGCCUUCUUUGAUACUGUAAUAGUGUAGGAAAUCAAAGUCAUUGAUAAAUUGUUGAUGUGCACGCUCCAUUUGGAUCGUCGAAACGUUAGGACGAUCUCGUUGGCAGUAUUAAAUUGUGUGAAUUGUUUGAAUGCAUAAUAUUUUUAUCUAGUUAGUUGAAAUAAUAUAUAGCAAUUACCGUCGUUGUAAGCCUAUUAUAAAUAACAAAUUUUAUCAAUAAGAUUUUAGCUGCGAUUGUCGAUACAUAGCCUUGUAAUGAAGUUACAUCACUAUUUGCCAUCGGAAGACCAGUGAGUGUACAGAAAACAGUACACUAAACGUAGAAUUUUCUCAAUUGAAUUAAGACACUACCUUUAGUGCAUUAAGACUUAAUAUCAAUUGAAGAAAUUUAUAAAUUUCGGAUAACAUAAUUUUCUGUUGUAUGUACCUACUAAAAAUAAAUACCUUAGUAAUAAAUGAACGAAUAAGAUAACUAUUUAUUAAUAUUCUCAUUAUUAACGUAAGCUAGAAAUAUGAAUCUAAUAUUUUUGUGAAAAUAUUUUAUAUUUUCUUAUGUAUUUAUACUGAUCAUAAUAAAAAUCAUAUUUUUUGGUUGGUCAAAGUACAAAAGUAAAUGUAAUAGAAUUGUUGAGUUUAAUAUUUUACAAUUUAUAAUUAAAUACAAUUACAAUCUUAUCUUAGAAUUGUUUAAUUUUGUAAAUAUGUGUAUACAAAUAAAAAUGAUAAUAUAAAAUCUUAGUUUUGUAUAAGAAAUGAUUAACUUUCAUAGGUUUUAUCAGUCAAAUCAUGAAAAUAAAAAUUAUAAAC